AUGGCCCUCAAGCGCAUUAACAAGGAGCUCACUGACCUCGGCCGCGACCCUCCCUCCUCCUGCUCAGCUGGUCCCAUCGGAGAUGAUCUGUUCCACUGGCAAGCAACCAUCAUGGGUCCUAGCGAUUCACCAUAUUCGGGCGGCGUAUUCUUCCUAGCCAUCCACUUCCCAACCGACUACCCUUUCAAGCCCCCGAAGGUCAACUUCACCACCCGCAUCUAUCACCCCAACAUCAACUCGAAUGGCAGCAUUUGCCUAGAUAUUCUGCGAGACCAGUGGAGCCCUGCUCUUACCAUUUCAAAGGUGUUGCUGAGUAUUUGCUCGAUGCUGACAGACCCGAACCCCGACGACCCGCUCGUCCCUGAGAUUGCACAUGUCUACAAGACGGACAGAUCUCGCUACGAGUCGACAGCGCGCGAGUGGACCCGAAAGUACGCCAUCUAG